CCGGGGAGGAGAGCGGCGGAGGAGCCAUGGCUGCCGGGGGGGACGGCCGGCCCUUCGACGCCCUGGUGCUGGGCGCCGGGAUCCAGGGCUCCUGCGCUGCCUACCAGCUGGCCCGCCGCCGGCUGAAGACCCUCCUGCUGGACCAGUUCCCGCUGCCCCACACCCGCGGAAGCUCCCACGGCCAAAGCCGGAUCAGCCGCAGCGCCUACCCGCAGGACAUCUACCUGGCCCUCAUGGCCGAAGCCAAGCGGCUCUGGGCUCAGCUGGAGGCGGAGGCCGGCGCUCAGCUGCACAGGCCAAACCUCGCCCUGGUGGUGGGGCACCCAGAGAACCCCGAAUUCCAAAGCUACAGGCAGACCAUGGAGCGCCACUGUUUGCCCAGCAACCUCUUGAGUCCCCAGCAGUUGGCUGAGCGGUUCCCAGGGAUCCACCCGUACGGCGAGGAGAUGGCCAUGACGGACCCCACAGCAGGCGUCUUGUAUGCCAGCAAGGCACUCCGAGCUGUGCAGGACCUCUUUCAGAGGCACGAAGGGGUCUUGAGGGACGGAGAGAAGGUGCUACAAAUCCUGCCGGGGUCAGUGGUCACAGUGAAAACCGACCGAGGGAAGUACCGGGCCAAACGCCUAGUGGUCACAGCCGGUGCAUGGACCAAUCAGCUCCUGGCUCCGUUGGGGCUGCAGCUGCCUCUUCAGCCGCUGCGUGUCCGAGUUUGCUACCUGCGGGCGAAGGUGCCCGGCCCCCGGGGUCUCCCGGGGCUUCCUCCGUGCUUCCUGGGCGUCGGCCUCAACCGAGACGACCACCACUUCUACGGCUUGCGGACUGGCGAGUAUCCGGAUCUGAUCAAGGUCUGCUACCACCACGGCUCCCCCGUGGAUCCCGACAACCCCGACCAGCAUGGUGGGGUCUCCGCUCCGGUGUCCGACCUCCAGCACCUGCAGGAUUUCGUCAGCAAGUAUCUGCCCGGCCUGGAUCCGGAGCCUGCUGUCCAAGAAUGGUGCUUAUACACGAACACUCCAGAUGGAGACUUUAUUCUAGACCGGCACCCCCGUUUUGAAAACAUUGUCAUUGGAGCCGGGUUUUCAGGCCACGGGUUCAAGUUUGCACCGGUCGUGGGAAAAAUCCUGUGCGAAUUGAGUCUGGGGGAGCCUCCCACUCAUGACCUCACCCCCUUUCGGCUUAGCCGCUUCCAGGGCCCCCUCAAAGCGAGCUUGUGACCUCCCCUUUUUGGCAGAGGAGAAAACGUUUCACAACGGUCCAUCUGAACUGGCUCCAUGACACGAUCUCCGCAUAUCUGCUGGGGGAGAGCAAAGCUUUCUGGGGGUGGCAAGCAAAGAUCUAUUAGAAUAUAUUUUGAAUUAUAAUAUGGAAGUUGGCUUGAGAUAUAAGGGAUAUUAUGUGUUAGUAAGUGAUGAUGAUGAUGAUGAUAAUAAUAAUAAUAAUAAUAAUAAUAUAGUAAAGUUGGAAGGGACCUUGGAGGUCAUCUAGUCCAACCCCCUGCUCAGGCAGGAGCCCCUACACCAUUUCAGACAAAG